GGUUGUACUUACAGGCAGGCAUAAAAUGCAGGCCACCCACCUCAUAGUUCUAAUACAUGGCCUGUAUGGUGACGUGCACAACUUAGACGCCGUCAAAUCAGAGCUUCUCGCACUCGCCGACCCCGAAACAUCCAACAUAUCUGACAAGGGCGCAAGUGGCGCAGAGAAACACAACAGAUGUAUACACAAUGAGAGACCAAAGAAAAGGAUGGAGACUGUCGUUUACCUGCCCAAGUCUAUAAAAGGGGCUCAUACAUGGGAUGGGAUAGACGUUUGUGCCCACCGAGUGGCUGAAGAGCUGGACUAUGAGAUUGAGAGACUUCAAGAUGAGGGUAAAGACAUAGUGGGAUUCAGCGUUAUGGGAUAUUCUUUAGGAGGACUGAUUGGUAGAUACCUUAUUGGCCUAUUACAUGCUCGACAGCCUUCUUUCUUCGCCCGGCAUCGACCAGUUUCAUUCUCUACAGCAGCAACUCCCCAUCUGGGUGUACUCAAGUAUGGUACAAAAACCAAUACCUUUGUCCACAGUAUAGGAAGGAAACUUUUUAGUCAUACAGGAAGGCAAUUGUACUGCAUGGAUCAUGAAACUGAAUGGGGAGGACGGAACCUGCUGGAAGUCAUGGCCGAUCCAGAUGGCAUCUUCAUCAAUGCCCUUAGGCUAUUCCCAAGGUCCAUGCUUGUCGCCAACGGUACUCGAGAUCUAACAGUCCCUUAUCCGACAGCUUCUAUAUCACCAGUUGACCCUUUCGACGACUCGACAUACCUAGACAUUGAAAUUGAUGAGAACAACAUCAUCCAGUCAUACCGUCACAUCCCUCUUGAUGACGACUCGGUUUCAAACUUUGGAAGUAUCUCCACUAGUACUACGCAACGAAUAGAAAAAGAUGAAGAAGAAGUGGAGGUACUUGUUACUACUAUAUAUAAAAAACCUGGACGCAUCAUGAAGGUCAAGAAAAGAUCGCCCCCACCUUUUCCGCCUGUUCUUAUCUUGCCUUUGAGAUGGCCUUUCAACUAUAGUUUACUCCCUUUUAUCCCUGUCUUGUUACCGUUAUUCAUUCUGUACAUGACCAUUAUGAUCACGUGGAUCACCUUCCAUUCCCGGCGACGGGUGCAGAGUUUACGACACAAUCAGAUUGAACGCCAACCUCUUCUUUCCUCAUCUUCUUCAAUGUCAUCCACCCCUAGCUCCUCUUUAUCCGACAUGACUUCCUCUGUGAAGCAGACUCUAUACGAGCCGAUCAAGGCGUUGGAAGAUGGCACUAGUACCCCUCCCAUGGCUGAUCCUCUACCUACCGGCUCAGCACCGCAACCGUUACUCACCCCUCAUCAGAAAAUGAUGGUGAAGGCUUUGAACGAGGCGAUGCCGAAUGCGAAGAGGGUGAUCGCCUGGUUCCCUUGGGCGUAUAAUGCCCAUGCCAUGCUGAUCUGUCGAUCGAUGGCCCGCUUUCCAUGGCAGAAGGAUGGGCUAGGGGUGGUGCAAGCUUGGGCAAAGUUUGCGUUUGAAGCAGGAGAGGCAGAAUGUCAUGCGAAAGCUACUGGGGCUGUUGCUCAUGGUAACACAUGAUAGAUCGUUCAGAUUGUUGCGCAUCAUCUAUAGAGCUAGAAAGAUCUUCAAUCAUUUGUAAA